AUGGCAUUAAUACGCAUCAGUUUAAUAUUUGUGUGUCUUACGAGUACAUACGCUACAAGUGUACUGAGAAACUAUGAAAAUGCUAAAAUUGAAUUGGAAGAAUACAUAGAAAGUAAAAAACAGGAAAUCAAUCAGAGAUAUAGGCCGUUGUACCAUGUCGCUCCACCUGUAGGAUGGAUGAACGAUCCGAACGGUUUUUCGUUUCACAAUGGUGAAUUUCAUCUGUUCUACCAAUUCUAUCCAUAUGACAGUGUUUGGGGACCGAUGCAUUGGGGACAUGUCUCAAGUCCUGAUCUAGUGAACUGGAAACAAUUACCAACAGCACUUCUUCCGGAGCAAGAACAAUGCUUUUCUGGGAGCGCUAUUAGCCAAGAAGAUGGAUUGACGUUGAUGUAUACUGGACGCACAGCUGUGGAUUAUGAACCGUACUUCAACGAAACUCAAUAUUUAGCAUUCAGUGAUGAUGGUAUAAAUUUUUACAAGUAUGAAGGGAAUCCUGUUCUACCGAGAGCUCCGAAUGGAUCACCAGACUUUCGUGAUCCAAAGGUUUGGAAGUAUGGUGAUAACUAUUACGUAGUCAUUGGAAGCCAAACCUCUGAUAAAAGAGGAAGAGUACUUUUGUACAAAUCUAGUGAUAUGAAGAGUUGGGAUUUUUUGUCGCUGCUUGGUGAAUCUGACGGAGAUAUGGGCUAUAUGUGGGAAUGUCCUGACUUCUUCGAAUUAGAUGGAAAGUUUGUUCUCUUAAUGUCACCCCAGGGUCUUCAACCUCAAGGCGACAGAUAUAAAAAUACCCACCAAACUGGAUACAUUAUAGGAGAUUUUAGUUAUGAUACAAAUGAAUUCAUACAUGAAGUCGAUUUUCAAGAAAUUGACUUUGGACAUGACUUCUAUGCUGCUACAACAACAGAAGCGAAUGGUAAACGAUAUCUCAUUGCAUGGUUCAGCAUGUGGGAUGUACCUCACCCAGAAGAUUCCGAUGGUUGGGCUGGGAUGUUAACAAUUGUUAGAGAGUUAAGACUUGUGGGAACUCGUAUAAUAAUGAAACCGGUGGAAGAAAUUAUAACUUUAAGAGCAGAAAUUCUUACUGAUAGUGAUAUAGAACCAAAUCAGAUUUUAGAGUUUGGUAAAGCAGUGGAAUUGAUGAUCGAUAGUGAUAUCAACGAAGAAACUGAACUUUUAUUAGAAGGUCGUGAAGGAGGAGAUCCGGUUUGGGUGCGAUGGGAUCCCGAAAUACGCAAAGUAGUUAUCGACAGAGGUUACGAUGAUAUAAGGCAGGUAGAAUGGUCUCCCAAUGAAUCACUAAAGUAUCGAAUCUUUUUAGACACUACCAGUUUGGAACUUUUCUGUGGAGAAGGCGAAGUGGUAUUGAGCAGUCGUGUUUACGCUUUAGGUGGAUGGAAACUGACUAAUGUAAGCAAUCAGACAGUACGUAUAAAAGCUUAUAGUUUGAAUAGAGGUACGCCAGAGUGA